AUGCAAGAACGCGAACGACCUAAAAUACCUCCAAAACCGAUAAUAGCAACCAAACCGAAAUAUGUGCCUCCAGUCAAAAUCCAGCAACGUCCUCCAGUACCACAAAAUGCCCUCCAUACACGCAAACCCAGUACUGGAGACUACGUGGAAAAACGGCCUACAGUAUCAAACGCACCUAGACGAUCUCAAGGUAAUUUGAUGAGCACUUUUCAUCCAACAGAACAAAAAUCAGAAGUAUAUUUCUUGCCUCAAAACGAAAAAGAGCCUUUAUAUCCUCGCAGAGAAGACACUCUAGCUCAAAGAGCCGAGUCUUUGCAAGAACAAUUCUUUGGCGGCAAAAAGCAAGAAACUCAAAUUUUAUCAACAUUCGCUAGCGAUAAAUUCUACAAGAAAACCUUAGAGGUGAGUCAAAAACCACCAAACUCACCUAGCACUGUAUGCUGUAGCAUCCUCUCAAACGCUGCAACCGAUUGCUGCGGCAUUAUAAACGUAGCUAAAAUCAAUGGCAAAAUGACUAAACUAGAUUCAGUAGAUUCAAACUCCUCAGACUCUGGAGGAUUCAAGGAUUUUAUACCUCCACCCAUGAAAGAUCCUCAAUUCCACCACCAAAGAAAAAUAUCCCAGCCUGAUUUUUUGAACGACCGCAAAUUGAGUGAGGCCCGGCCGCAGGGGCAUCAACGCAAAACUUCCCAGCCGAACUUUGAUUCGAAACCCAAAGGCUAUGUGGCAAACGCACAAGCCCUAGCUCACUUUCUGCCUCAGACUGAACAGAAAAUUCUGAUGCACAAUCAGAAAACUGAUGAAGCGCGCACUAGACAACCGAAACCCAUACUAUCUCAACAAUCAACCAAGAAACUGGAAGAGCUACUGGCGCAAAGGUUGGAAAAGGAAAAAGUGUUGAAGAAAGGUGGUCAGAAUUGUACGGUUGAUGGAGACGAAGUCGAACAGAAAAUGCGGAUUCAGAGGCAGAUUCAGCAAAAGUUGCACGCAGACCUCGAGCAAACGGUGAAACAAAUACAGGAGAUUCAAAAUACUGAGUAUCGGUUGCCUCAGAAUCGGAAAUGGAAUGAGGAUCAAAAUAAAUCGUCCAAACGAAAUGGUUUGGAAAAGGGGGCUUUUGCCUCGUUAAUUUUGAAUGUAUUUCGGGUGUUUGGCUAUCAAUUUGUAACAUGUCAAUCAUAUAUUUUAGUGACUGUUACAAAAUUGCUUUUUUGUUGGCCUAGAUUUUUGUUUAUUGGUCAAAAACUGAUGAAGAAAUAA